CGAAAAAGAAUAAUCUCGCUUCGAAUGUUGUUCUGGUGGCCCAAUUGGGACUACGGCCUCGGUAGGACAGCCGGCGCGGGCUGCAAUUGCCUUGAUCGUUCACUUCCAAAGGCCCGGCAUAUCUGUCUGGCACACUCAGCCCACAGCCUAUUUGACAACAUGAGCUUUAUUCGUUGUCGGCAGACGCCGGCGUAUCCACUUUCCCAUCUAGGCCUUGAACUGGCUCCAACGAGCUUUAAACGGUGCAGAGCCCGGGUCUAAUCCCAACCAGCUUUUGCACCGUCCUGGCCACUGCUCGCAACAACCAUCCACUUCCCCCCUUCGGGUCGUUGGAACCGAAGUUGCGACUCUGGAUCUGGGAUCGUUGUAGGGUUGGAGCGAGUGCGUCAUCUCCCGCCGCCGCCUCGUCUUUCAGCUCCUCCUCCUGGUCUCGAGGACUCGACAUGUCUUCAACAUGGUCUCACGGUGAAGCCACCCCGCCCGGCGCGCAGAGUCAGGACUUCGACGACGCAGAGAAGGGUCUGUUUGUCAGCACGCAGAGCCUGCCGGUGCUGCCACCGGCCGCCCAUGCAGACCAGAAGAGGCCACUACACAUCGACACCAACCUGUGGCCCACCUCGCCGAUCCACGAGGGUCUCACGCCGUUCUCGAGUGUGCCGGAGCUGUCGCUGGCAUGGCCUGCGGGAUGGCGAGCUCCCAAUCCUCCGGCACCUGAGCCGGGAGCCAAGAAACCAGCAAAACCAAAACCAAAGAUCAGCCGAUGGAUCCUCUUCCAAAUCUGGUUCAACACGUACCGGAAGUUCUUCACCUUUGUCACCUUGCUCAACCUCGCAGGGAUAAUCAUGGCCGCACUCAAUCGGUUCCCUUACGCCGAGAACCACCUCGGUGCUUUGGUGCUUGGCAACCUGCUCUGCGCAAUCCUGAUGCGGAACGAGUUGUUCCUGCGGAUCCUGUACUUCAUCGCCAUCUAUGGCCUGCGAAGCUGGGCUCCAUUGAGCAUCAAGUUGGCAGUGACUUCGAUCUUGCAACAUGUCGGAGGCAUCCAUUCGGGAUGCGCACUCUCCGGCGCCGGCUGGCUGGUAUUCAAGAUCGUCGACAUCGUACGGCACCGCGCUGUUCAGCCCGGUUCUGUGAUUGCCACGGGCAUAAUCACAAAUGUCCUGGUCAUCAUUUCCGUCCUCAGCGCCUUCCCAUGGGUUCGCAACUACCAUCAUAACGUAUUCGAGAGGCAUCAUCGAUUUGUUGGAUGGCUGGGUCUUGCGACCACGUGGAUCUUCGUGAUCCUGGGAAAUACUUAUGACAUCAAACUGGGGCAAUGGAGAGCCGACGCCAAUUCUCUGCUCAGCGCACAGGAGUUCUGGUUUGCCAUGUUCAUGACAGUAUUUGUCCUCAUCCCUUGGUUCACCCUCAGAAAGGUCCCCGUGGAAGUUGAAAUUCCAUCACCCAGAGUCGCCAUCCUCCGGUUCGAACGCGGGAUGCAGCAAGGUCUCCUGGGCAGAAUCAGUCGCACCUCGAUCAUGGAGUACCACGCCUUCGGAAUCAUCAGCGAGGGCCGGAAGUCUAAGUAUCAUUACAUGAUCUGCGGUGUCCAAGGCGACUUCACAAAGGGUCUCGUAGCCGAUCCACCAAAGACCGUGUGGACCAGGGAGCUGAAGUUUGCUGGCGUUGGGCAUGCCUCCGCCAUGUUUAAACGAGGAAUCCGCAUCUGCACCGGAACCGGUAUCGGGGCAGCGCUCUCCACCUGCAUCCAGAGCCCAAACUGGUUCCUCAUUUGGAUAGGCUCCGAUCAAGAGAGAACCUUUGGACCAACCAUUUCAGCUCUGGUCCACAAAAACAUCGAACCGGAGCGGAUGAUCCUCUGGGACUCGAAGAAACGAGGAGGCCGACCGGACACCAUGCAACUCCUCAAGGACACAUGGAGAAGCUUUGGGGCCGAGGUCAUCUUCAUCACCUCCAACAUGCAGGGCAAUGAUGAGAUGAUGCAAGGUUGCCGUGCAGCUGGAUUACACGCAUUCGGCACUCUGUGGGACUUUUAA